AUGCAGCAAAAACUAGCGCAGUCAGACGAAGAAAAGAUUUACGCACUGGUAUUGGAACUUCUCAAUCCAGACAUACGAGAACAUGCACUCCUUGAACUCAGCAAGAACAGAGAACAGUAUGAGGAUCUUGCCCUUGUGUUAUGGCAUUCUUAUGGUGUGAUUCCCGUCUUGUUGCAGGAAAUUGUUUCAAUCUAUCCGCUUUUAUCCCCUCCCACCCUCAGUGGAGCCGUAUCGAAUCGAGUAUGCAAUGCUCUAGCAUUGCUUCAAUGCAUCGCUAAUCAUAAUGAAACUCGCGGCUUGUUCUUACGUGCGCAUAUCCCUCUGUACCUAUAUCCCUUUCUAAAUACCACAAGUAAGACGCGUCCAUUUGAAUACCUUCGUUUGACAAGCUUGGGUGUCAUUGGCGCGUUGGUCAAGAACGACAAUCCUGAAGUGACCAAUUUCUUAUUAUCGACCGAGAUUAUUCCCCUUUGCCUUCGUAUUAUGGAAUCUGGAAGCGAAUUAUCAAAAACAGUGGCGAUCUUUAUCGUGCAAAAGAUCUUGUUGGAUGACACAGGCCUGUAUUAUAUUUGUCAAACCUAUGAACGGUUCUAUGCCGUGGCAACCGUGCUUCAUACGAUGAUCAACCAGUUAGUGGAGGCUCAGGCGAUGCGACUUUUAAAACAUGUUACCCGAUGUUAUCUGAGACUGUCGGAAAAUCCAAGAGCACGAGAAGCGCUCCGACAAUGCCUGCCUGAACCGUUGAGAGAUGGCACAUUUCAUCAGGUGCUAAAAGAUGAUAUUGCCACGAAACGGUGUCUCGCGCAAUUGUUGAUCAAUUUAUCGGACGGUAUGAACUGA